AUGGCGUCCAGAGUUUUGUUUGAAUGCCAGUUUCCUGAAAUUACGAAGAAUUCAAAAAAUCAUUCGCCAAGAAAGCGCCAAAAGAUAGACAACCAUCCUGUAGAUUCUCUUCAUGGGCUUUGGGUUGCGUACUGGGGCAUUUCUCCGCCUAUCCGCGAAGGUGAGCAUACGCUGAUGCUUGAAUCGGGAAUCAAAACUGAAAAAGACUCAAAACCGCCGCCAAAGAAAAUGGCAUCGUGGCAGACUUUUGAUCAAAAUCUCGAAGGGUUACCUCCAUUUGGCGUUUCGCAGGAACCGCAUGUCUGCUUCAACCUUUCGUGGACCGAGGCGAUCAGUCACUUGCGCAGCGAUCUGAAGCGUUCUUUCCUCCCUUCCGCUUGUAAAGACGCAACUCGAGUUCAUUACCAGCUCUAUUAUAUGUCGAAAUCUCGCGUCUGUACCCAAACGUAUGACCAGCCCCUGUGCCAAUUCUGCGAAAUCAAGCCAGAUCCAGUCGAUGCUAGCCGUUACGGAAAACCAGUAACGCGUACUAGAGUGUUUAAAUCCGUCAAGGAUCUCAUGUGCCACUUGAAAAAUUGUCACGAUAAAUUUGUGUUCCGAUCGCCGGAAGAACGAGCCAUCAAAGAAGGGCAAGAGCUCGAAACUGUCUUCAUCGAGGUCUAUCCGAAUCCGAAAUAUGUGCGGAGCUACCUCGGGAACUCGAAAAACACUCUUGAGUCGCUUCGAAAAGGCGAAACGAAGGUGCUUGUCUGGCGCGGUGUUCACGUGGAUCCAGACGAAACGUACAACAAGGAAUACGAAUUCACAGACUGCUCGUUGACUUCUUUUGGACAUACCAGACUUUACUUUCACACAAGCUACAACUUGCCGAUAAGGGCGUGCGAAUUCGAGUACGAUAGUGAGGACGAUCAGUCGCACGAGUUCAACUGGGUUCGCUCUCACAUGGUCAAGCAAAUUGAUGAAUUUACAGAUGUCAACGAGGAUGAGAAAUUGAUCAUGAAGCUUUGGAAUCAUCAACUGAUGGUUACUCGUGUAUUGUCCCAGCAACAACUUCUUGAAGCAUGCAGAACUAUAUCCAGAAAGUAUGGAAAAUUCAUCUACAAAAGAAAUGUCCGACGCAAUUGGUUGCUUCAUCUCCUUAACUUGGUCGACCACUGUCUCUUAAAAGCUUCGGAAGUCCCGAAAAUAAUGGUCUUGAUGGAUGAAUGUGUAAAAGACGAAUCAAUUCCAUACGAAGAACCUGAUAUUACUGGAGAUAAAGCACAUGAGGAAAAUCUGAAGAAAAUCAUAGAAGACUCGGCCAAAAGAAACUGUCAUUUCUCAAAGAAAACAGAUGCAUAA